AUGAGUGAUCUUGCCUCAGCUGCAAACUGCCUCCGAGGAGAAAAUGAGCGGCAGCUGCCUGGGUCUUUAACUACUUAACCCCGCCCGGCGGCCGCCCCGCCCCGCCCCGCCCCGCGGUGCCGGGAAGAGAGCCCUGGGCGGCCCGGUGAGAUUUCUGGCCUGCGCAGCGCUGCUGGUAGCCCGCCUUUUAGAUGCUUGCCCGACAGUUAGGAGUCACCAUGGCAACCGAGGAGUCCAUCAUCCGCAUCCCCCCGUACCAUUACAUUCAUGUGCUGGACCAGAACAGCAACGUGUCCCACGUGGAGGUCGGGCCCAAGACCUACAUCCGGCAGGACAACGAGAGGGUACUGUUUGCUCCGGUGCCCAUGGUGAUGGUCCCUCCACGCCACUACUGCACAGUGGCCAACCCCGUGUGCCGGGAUGCCCAGGGCACCGUGCUGCUUGACACCACAGGGCAAGUGCGGCUCCGCCACGCCGACCAGGAGAUCCGACUAGCCCAGGACCCCUUCCCCCUGUACCCAGGGGAGGUGCUGGAGAAGGCCAUCACCCCGCUGCAGGUGGUUCUGCCCAACACUGCCCUGCACCUGAAGGCACUGCUGGACUUCGUGGAUAGGAAUGGAGACAAGGUGGUGGCAGGAGACGAAUGGCUAUUUGAGGGGCCUGGCACCUACAUCCCCCGCAAGGAGGUGGAAGUUGUGGAGAUCAUUCAGGCCACGGUCAUCAAGCCCAACCAGGCCCUGCGGCUGCGGGCCCGCAAGGAGUGCUGGGACCGGGACGGCAAGGAGAGGGUGACAGGAGAGGAGUGGCUGGUCCGCUCGGUGGGUGCGUAUCUCCCAGGGGUGUUCGAGGAGGUUCUGGACUUGGUGGAUGCUGUGACCCUUACAGAAAAGACGGCCCUGCACCUCCAGGCGCUCCAGAACUUCCAGGACUUGCAGGGAGUGGCCCGGCGUACUGGGGAGGAGUGGCUGGUGACUGUGCGGGACACCGCGGCACAUGUGCCGGACGUCCACGAGGAGGUGCUGGGGGUCGUGCCCAUCACAACCCUGGGCCCCCGACACUACUGUGUAGUUCUCGACCCAGUGGGGCCAGAUGGCAAGAACCAGCUGGGACAGAAACGCGUCAUCAAGGGGGAGAAGUCUUUUUUCCUGCAGCCCGGAGAGCGGCUGGAGCGAGGCAUCCAGGACGUGUACGUGCUGUCCGAGCAGCAGGGGCUGCUGCUGAAGGCGCUGCAGGCGCUGGAGGACGGCGAGGAGGCCAAGGAGGGCCCUCAUCAGGCGGGGGACCGCUGGCUCAUCCGGGGCCCCCUGGAGUACGUGCCGUCCGCCAAGGUGGAGGUGGUGGAAGAGCGGCAGGCCAUCCCUCUGGACGAGAACGAGGGCAUCUACGUGCAGGACGUCAAGACCGGCAAGGUGCGCGCCGUGGUCGGAAGCACCUACAUGCUGACACAGGACGAGGUCCUGUGGGAGAAGGAGCUGCCCCCCGGCGUGGAGGAGCUGCUGAGCUCGGCGCAGGACCCCCUGGCCGACAGGGGCCUGAAGGACGCCGCCAAGCCCCACCCGCCCGGCGCCCGGAACAAGACGCGUGUGGUCAGCUACCGCGUGCCGCACAACGCGGCGGUGCAGGUGUACGACUACCGGGCCAAGCACGCCCGCGUCAUCUUCGGGCCCGAGCUGGUGUCCCUGGGCCCCGAGGAGCAGUUCACUGUGUUGUCCCUCUCGGCGGGGCGGCCCAAACGUCCCCAUGCCCGCCGCGCGCUCUGCCUGCUGCUGGGGCCAGACUUCUUCACCGACGUCAUCACGAUCGAAACGGCGGACCACGCCAGGCUGCAGCUGCAGCUCGCCUACAACUGGCACUUCGAGCUGAGUGACCCAAACGACCCUCAGGAGGCGGCCAAGCUCUUCUCGGUGCCUGACUUCGUGGGUGACGCCUGCAAAGCCAUCGCGUCCCGGGUGCGGGGGGCUGUGGCUUCUGUCUCCUUUGACGACUUCCACAAGAACUCAGCCCGCGUCAUCCGCACGGCCGUCUUUGGCUUUGAGACCUCCGAAACCAAGGGCCCCGGUGGUGUGGCCCUGCCCAGGCCCAGGGACCAGGCCUUCUUCCCCCAAAAUGGGCUGGUGGUAAGCAGCGUGGACGUGCAGUCGGUGGAGCCUGUGGACCAGCGGACCCGGGAUGCCCUGCAGCGAAGCGUCCAGCUGGCCAUUGAGAUCACCACCAACUCCCAGGAGGCGGCAGCCAAGCACGAGGCUCAGAGACUGGAGCAAGAGGCCCGGGGACGGCUGGACAGGCAGAAGAUCCUAGACCAGUCGGAAGCUGAGAAGGCUCGCAAGCAGCUCUUGGAGCUCGAGGCCAUGAGCAUGGCUGUGGAGAGCACUGGGACCGCCAAGGCCGAGGCUGAGUCGCGGGCAGAGGCUGCAAGGAUUGAGGGAGAAGGCUCCGUGCUGCAGGCCAAGCUGAAGGCUCAGGCGCUGGCCAUUGAGAUGGAGGCUGAGCUCCAGCGGGUACAGAAAGUCCGAGAGCAGGAACUGAUCUUUGCCCGGGCUCAGCUGGAACUGGAAGUGAGCAAAGCCCAGCAGCUGGCGGAGGUGGAGGUGAAAAAGUUCAAGCAGAUGACGGAGGCCCUCGGCCCCAGCACCAUCAGGGACCUGGCCGUGGCCGGGCCAGAGAUGCAGGUGAAACUGCUGCAGUCCCUGGGCCUGAAGUCCACCCUGAUCACCGAUGGCUCCACUCCCAUCAACCUCUUCAACACUGCCUACGGGCUGCUGGGGCUCGGGGCCGACGGUCAGCCCGCAGCCAGAAAGGCAGCCGGGGGUGCCCUGCCGGAGGGUUUGUCCCUGCAGCCUCCUUCCCCUCAAGGCCCUGGAGGCAACUACGUGGCGCCUUCGCUGGGGCCGCGCUGAGCUGACCAGAAAACCAGGAUUUCUGAGCAUUAAACCCUUUUCUCUGUAGGGGUGUGAGGUGAUAGAGCAGUUGCCUGCUGUGCUCCAGGCCCUAGGUUCAAUCCCCAGCACCACAAAAUAAAAAGAUUGUCUCUAGAAAAA